CCAGCCGCGGCGUGUGAUUCAACUGCCGAGUCGCGAAGCACAGCGAGUACGACGAGAACAACACCCUCCUCAGCUGUAAGUGGAGGCAGCGGAGGACGCCCUGCAUUGUUCAAAUCUAUGUGGCAGCUGAUGUUCGAACCCGCCGUCGACCACGUUGUCC